CUCCAGUCGCCGCUCAGCCGAAAGGCUUAUGGCAGCUAGUCAGCUACACAGCUGAUAGGUGUCAAUUUCUCACAGCCAAUCCCUCAUCAAAACCUUCAUCAUUCCAGUGAAUCAGUGUUUUCAAAUCAACUGUUAAUCAUGUCUAAUAAAACCUAUGAUUAUUUGUUUAAAUUGUUGUUAAUCGGUGACUCUGGGGUUGGUAAAACCUGUAUAUUAUUCCGAUUUUCGGAAGAUGCAUUCCAUCAAUCUUUCAUAUCAACCAUAGGCAUUGAUUUCAAGAUACGUACCAUUGAAUUGGAAGGUAAAAAGAUAAAACUUCAAAUAUGGGAUACUGCUGGUCAAGAACGAUUUAGAACUAUAACCACAGCAUAUUACCGGGGUGCCAUGGGAAUCAUGCUUGUCUAUGACGUUACAAAUGAGAAAUCAUUUGAAAACAUCAAAAAUUGGGUUAGAAAUAUUGAAGAACAUGCUGCCUCAGAUGUGGAAAAAAUGAUCCUUGGUAAUAAAUGUGACAUUGAAGAUAAAAGACAAGUUACAAAGGAGAGAGGAGAACAAUUAGCCAUUGAAUAUGGCAUCAAAUUCAUGGAGACCAGUGCAAAAACAAGUAUCAACGUUGAAGAAGCCUUCAUCACUUUGACUAGAGAUAUAAAGAGAAAGAUGGAGAAAAAAUUGAAGGAUGCAGCAAAUCCAAUGAGAACAGGGCAACAGGUUAGAGUUAGUGAACCCUACUACAAGAAAAGUCGUUGGUUUUGCCUGUUAGUAUGAACUUAUCCUUUAUAUGGAUAAAUUUCUCCAACCAGUGAUCAAAUCUAUUUUCAAUUUUACUCUGAUAUUUUUUAAUAUCAACUUUGCAAUCUAUUUACACCAUUAUAUUGGUUACGAUGGUAAUACAUGUACACUUAAAUAGCUUUGUUACCAAUAAAUGGUAACCAGAGUUGAUUAUUUGCUCAUUGAUAUUUACAUGAUUAUAAAUUGCUGAUUUUUACACUUAACAUCAUUCAUUAUUUAUAA